GUGAUAGAGAGAGACGGGACGAGUGAGCGCUGAUGAGCCGGAGUAUGGACGGCCAGCGAGACGCUGUGCGAGUGAGCCAGAGAAGACAGUGAAAGUACAAGAAGCUCCCAUCAGGAGAAGAGCAUGUGAGCCUGAGCUCACCUCCGGCAAUUCUCAAGUCUGACACGCUGGAAAAAGACAGAAGGAGGAGGAGGAUUGGCGAAGAACUGAAGACACUAUAGCGGCUUUCCUCUGGUAAACGGGCACACUAAAAAGGAGGGCUGUUUUGCCACUCUUACACUCUCAAUAAUGAUCCCUCGGGUUCUUCUGCUCCUGUGGAUCUUUGGACACGGUGUAGAGUCCAUGUUUUCCCAGCAGCCACAGGACUUAGUGGUGGUGGCUGGCCAACCUGUGACCUUACCAUGUUCCAUCCCUGGCUACCAUGGCGUUGUCCUGUGGAUCAAAGAUGGCCUGGCACUCGGUGUUGGAAGGGACCUCUCCGGCUAUCCCCGUUACACAGUGAUUGGAGACCACGGCUCCGGAGAGCAUCAUUUGCGAAUCCAGCGUGUGGAGCUGAUGGAUGAUGCUGUGUUUGAGUGCCAGGCCGUCCAGGCUGCCAUGAGAUCCCGUCCUGCCCGCCUCACUGUGCUUGUUCCACCCGAGGACCCCGUCAUCAGCGGAGGGCCAGUGGUGAGCCUGAGGGCCGGCGACCCAGUCAAUCUGACUUGCCAUGCUGAUAACGCCAAGCCAGCAGCCUCUAUCAUCUGGAUCCGCAAUGGAGAGGUCCUCAAUGGAGCCAUGUACUCCAAGACAUUGGUCCGCGAUGGAAGAAGAGAAACCACAGUGAGCACGCUCUACCUGUUGCCCUCCAACAUCGAGACUGGCCAACAGAUCAUCUGUAAGGCCUCAAACAAGGCAGUCCCCAACGGCAAGGAGACCAGUGUCACGAUUGACAUCCAGCAUCUGCCUCUUGUCAAUCUCUCAGUGGCGCCUCAGCCAGUUCUUGAGGGAAACCUUGUGAGAUUCCACUGCUCUGCAAAGGCCAACCCUCCUGUCACACUAUACAGGUGGGCAAAAGGAGGAAGUAUAAUAAAGGAGGUCUCCGGCGACACAUACGAGGUGAUUGUGGACCACUCCUUCUUCACAGACCCCGUUUCCUGUGCAGUAACCAACCAACUCGGCAGCACCAACGUUAGCCGUAAUGUCGAUGUCUACUUCGGGCCUCGCAUGGCUGCAGAGCCUCAGUCCUUGCAGGUGGACCUUGGAUCCGAUGCCGUGUUCAACUGUGCCUGGACAGGAAAUCCCUCUCUUACAAUAGUGUGGAUGAAGAGGGGUUCUGGAGUGGUUCUUAGCAAUGAGAACCUUCUAACACUGAAAUCCGUGCGGCAGGAGGAUGCUGGAAAAUAUGUUUGUCGUGCUGUGGUCCCAAGAGUUGGCGCAGGCGAGAAGGAAGUUUCUCUCACUGUCAAUGGGCCACCCACCAUUUCCAGCACUCAGACACAACAAGCCUUGCACGGAGAGAAAGGACAAAUCAAAUGUUUUAUUCGAAGUACUCCACCACCAGACCGCAUUGCCUGGUCUUGGAAAGAGACUGUGUUGGAGUCUGGGACGUCCGGCCGCUACACCGUCGAGACGGUCACCACAGAGGAAGGUGUCAUCUCCACACUGACCAUGAGUAAUAUUGUGCCAGCUGACUUCCAGACAAUUUACAACUGCACUGCAUGGAACAGCUUUGGCUCAGACACUGAGAUCAUUCGCCUUAAGGAACAAGGUGGGAGCCAAGACUCCCUUCCCAUGGCGGUGAUCAUCGGCAUUGCCGUGGGAGCUUUCGUGGCCCUCAUCGUCCUCAUGGGAACCAUUGGAGCGUUCUGUUGUACACGCUCCCAGAGAAAGGAAGCGCACCUGGUUAUGCCCUCACUGCCCGUCUCCAUCUGUGCUCACCAGAGAGAACUUGCAAGCAAAAUUAAAACAGAAAAUCUGAAAGGAGUUGUGUCUGCAAAAAAUGACAUCCGGGUGGAAAUUGUGCACAAAGACCAUAAUGCCGCAAGAGAAAACGAAGAGCACACCUCCAUGAAACAACUGAUGGUGAGUGUGGAACGUGGGGAGUUCCAGCAGGAGUCUGCUCUGAAGCAGCUGGAGGUUCUGCAAGAGGAAGAGAAAGAGUAUCAGCACAUUAAGGACCCCACAAAUGGCUACUACAGCGUCAAUACGUUCAAGGAGCACCCGACACCAACCAUGGCGGGGAACCAGUCCACUGAUGGGAGGAAUCCAACAAACACAAGCACCCUGGGCAAGCAGCGGGUACCAACGGGCAUGUCCUUCACCAACAUCUACUCUACUCUAGGAGCAGGCCCCAAUCGUCUGUACGACUACAGCCAACGCUUUGUUUUGGGCAUGGGCAGCAGCUCCAUUGAGCUCUGCGAGCGGGAGUUCCAACGUGGCUCAUUAAGCGAUUCCAGUUCCUUUAUCGACACGCAGUGCGACAGCAGCGUCAGCAGCUACAAUAAGCCGGACGGCUACGUGCAGUUCGACAAAGACAGCAAGGCGUCGGCUUCCUCGUCAUCCCACUACUCCCAGUCUUCAUCGCAGAACUCAGACCUAACCCGGCCCCUGCAGAAGCGCAUGCAGACCCAUGUCUGACAGCUAGGAUGUGAGGGAUGCUGUUUAAACAGGGUGUGAACAAGCCUCAGUGUGAAACUGUAUCUUCUUCUGGAGGUGCAGGAGACGGGUGGUUUGAUCAAAAGUUGUGACUUCUUUUCAGACUUCGCAAUUUCUUCAAAUCUGGGUCAAGAAGCCUUAUACUGCCGUGUUGCUUAAUCACGCGUCCUUUUUUAAAGAAUCUAUAAUCUUGAGUAGUGCCACAGCAGCGAUGUUUGCCAACACAGAAACAAUCCAAAUAUGGAGCUUGAAGUGAUUUACCACAUGGGAUUGUUCCGCUGAUUAAUGGUCAGCAAUAAAACAAGGCUUUGUUUGAUAAUCUGCUCCCUUCGCAAAGACAGUUUUUUUUUAAGAUUGUCAUUCUAAAAAAAGAAAAAUCAUUCUUAUCAGUGUUGGAGUGAAAGAGUACAAGUGUGAGCUACUUUCCCACAACUCUUUCAUGUACUGUAGUUUCAAGCACAAUGACUGUAUGUGCACGAGGUUUUUAAGUGUUGCAAUGACAAUUCAACACCCAUCACCAACCCCUACCUCCUUCGGCCCUAAGCUCGGCUUGUUGCAACUUUCCCCCUGAACAGGUGGAGUAAAACUUGCGUCUCUCCACAUGCACACAGACAUGUUUAAUAGAAGAGCUGUAUUUGGGCCAUAGAGGCAGAAGAUAAAGAAGGGCUGAGACCACAUUUUCAAUCCAGAGUCUUGAGUUUUACAUUGACGCUCUGAUUAAAGAAUAUCAAUGUACAUAUUGUAUAUGACUGUAAAUUAUUUUCUGAAUCUUAAAGAGACAACAGUGGUUCACAUUGUCCCAAAAAUGUAUUAUCUACUUUGCCUUGAGACCUGUUGGAAAUGAAAAGUGUUGACUAAGCAAAGCGGGCUUAUUCGAUAUCAGCUUCUCUGUUGACGUGGAGAGGUAUCAUUUAUAACGGAACACAAUGCAGCCUGUAAACUAACUUGUGCUGCACCAGAAGUCAUCAGCCACACACACUGAAUGAAAUGUAAACAUAUUGUCCUGAUGAUUCUUAUUUUUGUGGUUAUAUUGCUGUGCGUAGUGAGUGUUACUGAUGGAACAGGAACUGGAGACCAAGAUGUGACAGGAGUCAAAUUUACAAAACUUUUGUCUUUUGAUUUAGAUUUUCCAUCCAGUGAAUCUUUAUUAUUAUUAUUAUUAUUAUUAUUAUUAUUAUCUACACCAACGUGGUUAUGUUCAACUUCCUGGCUACAAGUUUGACCUUGACUUUUAAUUUAAUAUUAUUUAAUUUUAUUAUAGUCACUCUAAAAAGAAUGAUUGAAAAUGAUUUGAAAAUUGCAACAAAGUGAUACGUAUAUUAAAAAAAAUUGCUUUACUUUUCAAUGACUGAGAAAGUCAUAUUUCUCAGUCCCACAGUGUAGUGCUCCAACUAUAAUAUAAAAUAUACUGUACGUAUAUAUUUUUGUCAAAAGAAUGAAAUAAAAAGCUUGUGUUUAUGUAUCAAAAGGUAUCAAACCAGGUUUCAUUCAAAUUUGGCAAAAUACACUUUUUCAGAUGAUGAUUUCUCCCUCAAACCCCAUCAGAAUGAGAUAAAUUAUAAUCUGAUUUGAUGGGAUUUGAGAGAGGAAAAACUGGAUUUAAAUACGACAACAAUAGCUAUAACGAACUAAGGAUCCAUCAAUUCAGAUUUUCUUCUGGAUUCAUGGGAGCAACAUUUCCACCCUUGCAGUUCUCUCAGUUCAGCCAUUGAUUUUGUAAAUGACAAAUGCUUCAGCCUUUCCAGAGGUCUACUGUAUGCUUGAGUGCUUUGUUUUUUUGCACUGUAUAUGCUAAAUUUGGAUUAUUUAGUGGAGAGUAGAGACAGAAUAGAGACAAAUUGCCUCUACAAAAGCAAUCAUAAAACAAUGUUUCAAAGUGAAACUGUCAAGUGUUAUCGUCACACUUUGUAUUAUACUGAUGUGGGAUUAAAAAAAAUAACAAUAAUAAAUAAAAACAAGUGACAUGAAUAAUGCUGCCACUAAUGAUAUUUGUCAGUCAUUGGACAUGAUGUCAUGAUUUUGUAUUAAGUGGCUGGUAUACAAAAACAUCAAACUUCAUUAAAAUUGGAUUUACCCGUAAUCAAAAUUUCACAUCUUUGAUCAUGCUUUGAGCUUUGUAAAGUUAGUUAAAGUAUAGAUCUCAAGACUGAGCUGCUUGCCCACUUUUGCAAACAACAAGGACAUUUAAUAUACAGGUGAUCUUGAUAAAGGUUUCUUCCUAGUUUCCCAGCGAACCACCAGCCUGGCCAGAAUAAACAUUGAAAGCACAUUAAAAAUAAUUACUCUCAAGGUAUGCGAAUGGUUUUGAAACUGUGCUUGUGGCGUGGACUAUACAUUUAUAAAAGAACUGGUCCCCUUUGUACACUUGAAUGCAAAAAGGUCAGUUUAAACAUUGAUAAUCCAUCUUGGAAUUUAGCAGACUGUAUAUACAUUUCUUAAAUGCCGUCUUUUUUGUGUAUAGUUUUCCCCCUCUUGUUUUUCUUUAUUUCUCAGUCAUCACAUUUAACUAUAUUAAAGCUCAUCAAAUCCAUGAUAUGUCACAAACUGUACAGACAAUCAUUUCACUUUCAUGAAUUCCAUCAAGUCUGCUUUUUUCUCUCACAAAUUUACAUGAAAGAAGGCUGAAGUGAGCACUUCCCCUUCACUAUUUUUACAGGGAAGACUUUUGCAGCUAAACACAGGACAUUUGAUAGAAAUGAGAAGCUGGAAGGUUAGCUGGCACUCCUUAGAAGUGAGAUGAAGUACAAGUUGAUUAUUCUAAUAACUUCAGCCCCUCGGAGAGACGCCUACUGCUAUUUUAUCUGGUUGCAGGUUGACCAACUUUUCAAAGAAGUACAGAAUCUAUAACUCGACCAAUCAACAUAUCUUGCCACAUAAUCAAGCAUGAAUUGUUACAAACAAUGAAUAAAUCACUGAGGUUAUGAUCUCUAGUGGUGCCAAAUGCUUAUUUACAGAAUUCUUUCUCCUGCUACGUGUAACCACUGCCAAUCCAUUUCUGUUUAAGGCAGAUGUACACAGAUUUUUUUUUUUUUUCACCAGUCCAGGUUCAAAAGCUAUAUAGUAUUAAAUAUUUGUGCCACACUAAAAUAAAAAUAAAAUAAGCAAUGAUGUGAUUAAAAAGAGCAGUUGUGAUAUUAGGUGGCUUAAUUUGUCAUUUGUAAUAUUACAAGGCACAAAAUUUACAGUAGAAUAUAUUAGGUCAAAUGCCCCAAAAGUAAAAGUCGGACCACCAACAUAUUUCUGGAAAUAUCUGCUUCAAAGGUUAAACAAACUUAGAGUUCAAAGUUCAAACCAUUAUUGUGAGAGGCAAAGCAUUAACUCCACAAGUUCUGAGAAGAACCUCGUUUGUUGGAUAUGUUCAACCAUGAAUUGAAUUAGAAGAUUAAAAGGGUUUUUAACAAAUCUAACAUUCACUUUUAUUAAAAUGAUGACUUUGUUCACAUACCACUGUAUUACAAAAAUACAAUUUAAAAUCUUAAAUCAAAGUACCAGCAACUUGUAACAUUGAGACCUUACUUUUGUAACAUUUCAACUUUGUUUCGUUUUUCUUUAGUUGCGGGAUGGCACUUUAUUAUUUCUUCUUAAACUCACAUCCCCAACAAAAGCAAGUGUUAAAAAAGUAAAAAUCUUAACACUCGGGCUGAGCAAUGCAAGACACAAAAGUAUGGCUGAUCAAACAUAAACAAAUAAAUAGCCAACAUAUUGUGAGUCCAAUUAAUGAAAAUUAAAUGCUGAAAGCAAUGUUUAUGAAACUGUUCAUCCUGGCUGGGUUUAUUUAUUUAUUUAUUUAUUUAUUUGUUUGUUUGUUUUUCAUAGGGGAAAAAAAUAAAAUAACCUGUGGCCUAAAAUACACCAGUCUUGCCUGGGUAUCCUUCAGGUAUUCUUUCCCAGAGGGGCUUGCGUUGCAUUGUUUAGUCUGAAUGAAGAUGCAGGGCUGCUUUGCAGCAAUUUUAAUGUUACUGUGUGGUUGCAAUAUGCCUUCAUUUUCUGAAUGAAUUGGCAAAUAUGUGUUCGGCAUAUUCUCCUGGAUGUAAAAACAACACAGAUCUAGUCCAAAAGGUCCAAUUUUCUUUGUCUAGUGGAUCGCCUGCAAUGACACACCCCCAAAAACAAUGCAUUUUCCUGGUUGAGCGAACAGGCUCAGUGCAAAGCAAAAUGAUUAAUAUUUUAUAGGCCAGCCGUCUGUCCCAAUUCCACCAUCCCAUGGCCUUGAAUGUACCACUGAAAGAGUCAAAGCCCAUGUGCCCUUUUCACCUGUAGGCACCUCGCCGGCUGCUGCUUUGUGUUUGUCAGACAACAAGCAGCGUGCAGAUACGACGGCAAAACAGAUGAAUAAACACAAAGACCCAGAACAAUUACAAGGGGGUGCUACCCUUUCCCUAAUAGGAGGAACAAGAACAAAGUGAUUUAUUUUUCAGACAUGCCAAAGACGAGUCUGUGCUACAUUCAACACAACUGGAAUGGGGAUCCUUCUAUGAGAGACAAAGCCACUGGUUACUUGUUCACUGCCUCAAAUGUAAUUCUAGGUCUUGAGGAAAGUGGAUAAAGGAACGUCGGUCAAUAUGUCCACCUCGUUGUAUACGAUGCUGUCCAUAAUGGAAGACAUUAAGAAAAGGUGCCAUGAAAUGUAGAGGCCAUCAAAUGAACAAGUUCUUCAAUAUGUGAUUGUUUUCUCUGUUUUGCUCUCAAUUAAUUUCUUUAUUUUGUACAAAUCAGUGUAUUGUGUGUACAAGGAAGAAAAUGAGUGGGGCUAACAAUGUUUAAAUGUUUUUGACAGAAUAUUCUUCAGACCCAGCAGGGAUGGCCCUGGUUCAGUAUGCAGCAUACAAUGUACACAAGGUCACACAACAACUGGAACGUAUGUGUAGUUCAAAUGAGAACAUUUCUUGCACUGAAAGCAUCUUCAUUUGCAAACACUACGUGAACUUGGUUUGGAAAAGUGACUUAAGGGGAUGAUAGGAAUGAAAAGUCAACAUGUAAAUUAUUAGGAGCUGUUUUAGUCAAUGGGCCUACCUGUAUGGCGUAAAAGAGAAAAACAAGGUUGUAUUUUAACUGUACUGGUCUGUGAAUCUA